UGCCGCUCAACUUCUCUCCUAGGCGCAGGAGCUUUGAAGUCAUUUGUCUCUCUCCGGUUGGAUCGACUUCUUAUUUUGAUAUUUUGGGCGUUGCGGUUUACGCAGGAACCUCGAUACCGCUCUCCCCCCUCCCUCUCCCUCUUUCAACCUUUGGAUGCGUCUGUACUGGCAGAUUGAAAGACCCAAGUCUUGGCUGUGGAAUUUCUUGGAUGGACUUGCAGGGGCUGGUGUUGUCAAGCAUGUCACCAUAGCCCUGUCCUUGUCUUGUUGUUGUUGGUAAAGUUCUUUUGUUUUCAUUUUUUUUUUUCCUUCCCCCACUAAUAAAUCACCAAACUGUUACCUAGCAGGCCGGUACCUGCCUCUCCCAGGACUAGGUGGUUCGUCUGCCAGAAGAGGAGCUAUGUUGGAAGAGCAGCCUACUCCACCCCUCUCCUCUCCAGCCCUUGAACGCCACCGCACACUGGCAUUUUGAAAAAAAAAAAUUGCCUCCAGAAACUGAGCACCCCCCAGUCCUCUCCUCCCCCCUUUUUUAACUCCUUGAGGAAUGGAGCUUUGCAGAGGUUGUAUUUAGAUUCAACAGUUCCGAGCAGCGGGGUCGCUGCUGCCGUCUCUCCAAAGAGCUCGCGAGGCUCCCCGGAGGCGGUGGUCCCUCCCGCCCGUCUGGAUGCGGCUCUGAGUCUCCGUGUGUCUUUCUGCUUGUUGCUGUGUGCAGGUGUUUGGCCGCGAUCACCUUUGUGUGUCUUCUGUCUGUUUAAACUUCAGGAUGGCUCGCUUCGGGGAGGCGGUGGUCGGCAGGCCAGGGUCUGGCGAUGGAGACUCGGACCAGAGCAGGAACCGGCAAGGAACCCCCGUGCCAGCCUCGGGGCAGGGGGCCGCCUACAAGCAGUCGAAAGCGCAGAGGGCGCGGACUAUGGCUUUGUACAACCCCAUUCCUGUCCGGCAGAACUGUUUCACCGUCAACAGAUCCCUGUUCAUCUUUGGAGAAGAUAACAUUGUCAGGAAAUACGCCAAGAAGCUCAUCGAUUGGCCGCCGUUUGAGUACAUGAUCCUGGCCACCAUCAUUGCCAACUGCAUCGUCUUGGCCCUGGAGCAGCAUCUUCCCGAGGAUGACAAGACCCCCAUGUCCCGCAGACUGGAGAAGACGGAACCGUAUUUCAUUGGGAUCUUUUGCUUUGAAGCUGGGAUCAAAAUCGUGGCCCUGGGGUUCAUCUUCCACAAGGGCUCGUACCUCCGCAAUGGCUGGAAUGUCAUGGACUUCAUCGUGGUUCUCAGCGGCAUCCUGGCCACUGCGGGAACCCACUUCAACACGCAUGUGGACCUGAGGACCCUCCGGGCCGUGCGUGUCCUGAGGCCCCUGAAGCUCGUGUCGGGGAUACCCAGCCUGCAGAUCGUGCUGAAGUCCAUCAUGAAGGCCAUGGUGCCCCUGCUGCAGAUCGGCCUCCUGCUCUUCUUCGCCAUCCUGAUGUUCGCUAUCAUUGGCUUGGAGUUCUACAGUGGGAAGCUGCACCGCGCCUGCUUCAUGAACAAUUCAGGUAUUCUUGAAGGAUUCGACCCCCCUCACCCAUGUGGCGUGCAGGGCUGCCCAGCUGGUUAUGAAUGCAGGGACUGGAUCGGCCCCAACGACGGGAUCACCCAGUUUGACAACAUCCUCUUUGCUGUGUUGACUGUCUUCCAGUGCAUCACCAUGGAAGGGUGGACCACCGUGCUGUACAAUACCAAUGAUGCCUUAGGAGCCACCUGGAAUUGGCUGUACUUCAUCCCCCUCAUCAUCAUUGGAUCCUUCUUUGUUCUCAACCUAGUCCUGGGAGUGCUUUCUGGGGAAUUUGCCAAGGAGAGGGAGAGAGUGGAGAACCGGAGGGCCUUCAUGAAACUGCGGCGCCAGCAGCAGAUUGAGCGGGAGCUGAAUGGGUACCGCGCCUGGAUCGACAAAGCAGAGGAAGUCAUGCUUGCUGAGGAAAAUAAAAACUCUUCUCACCGCCCCCCGUGUCCUGGCACAGUGCUUCGACGGGCCACCAUCAAACGCAGCCGCACAGAGGCCAUGACCCGAGACUCCAGCGACGAGCACUGUGUUGACAUCUCCUCUGUGGGCACGCCCCUGGCCCGAGCCAGCAUCAAAAGCGCAAAGGUGGACGGGGCCUCCUAUUUCCGGCACAAGGAGAGGCUCCUGCGCAUCUCUGUCCGCCACAUGGUUAAAUCCCAAGUGUUUUACUGGAUCGUGCUGAGCCUGGUGGCUCUCAACACCGCCUGUGUGGCCAUCGUCCAUCACAACCAGCCCCAGUGGCUCACCCACCUCCUCUACUAUGCAGAAUUUUUGUUUCUGGGACUCUUCCUCUUGGAGAUGUCCCUGAAGAUGUAUGGCAUGGGGCCUCGCCUUUAUUUUCACUCUUCAUUCAACUGCUUUGACUUUGGGGUCACAGUGGGCAGUAUCUUUGAAGUAGUCUGGGCAAUCUUCAGACCUGGGACAUCUUUUGGAAUCAGUGUCUUGCGAGCUCUCCGGCUUCUAAGAAUAUUUAAAAUAACCAAGUACUGGGCAUCCCUACGGAAUUUGGUGGUCUCCUUGAUGAGUUCCAUGAAGUCUAUCAUCAGUUUGCUCUUCCUACUCUUCCUCUUCAUCGUUGUCUUUGCUCUCUUAGGAAUGCAGCUGUUUGGAGGCAGGUUUAACUUUAAUGAUGGGACUCCUUCGGCAAACUUUGACACCUUUCCUGCAGCCAUCAUGACUGUGUUCCAGAUCCUGACAGGUGAGGACUGGAAUGAGGUGAUGUACAAUGGGAUCCGCUCCCAGGGUGGGGUCAGCUCGGGCAUGUGGUCAGCUAUCUAUUUCAUUGUGCUCACCUUGUUUGGAAACUACACGCUGCUGAAUGUGUUCUUGGCCAUCGCUGUGGACAAUCUGGCCAAUGCCCAGGAGCUGACCAAGGAUGAGCAGGAAGAAGAGGAGGCCUUCAACCAGAAGCAUGCACUCCAGAAGGCCAAGGAGGUCAGCCCGAUGUCCGCGCCCAACAUGCCUUCUAUCGAGAGGGAGCGGAGGCGCCGCCACCACAUGUCAGUGUGGGAGCAGCGCACCAGCCAGCUGAGGCGGCACAUGCAGAUGUCCAGCCAGGAGGCCCUCAACAAGGAGGAGGCCCCGCCCAUGAACCCGCUCAACCCCCUCAACCCGCUGAGCCCCCUCAACCCGCUCAAUGCCCACCCCAGCCUCUACCGGAGAUCCCGGCCCAUUGAGGGGCUGGCCCUGGGCCUGGGCCUGGAGAAGUGUGAGGAGGAGCGCAUCAGCCGCGGGGGGUCCCUCAAGGGGGACGGAGGGGACCUCUCGAGUGCCCUGGACAACCAGAGGAGCCCCUUGUCCUUGGGCAAACGGGAGCCGCCGUGGCUGGCCAGGCCCUGUCUUGGGAACUGUGACCCGGCCCAGCAGGAGGCUGGGGGAGGCGAGACUGUGGUGACCUUUGAGGACAGGGCCAGGCACAGGCAGAGCCAGCGGCGCAGCCGGCACCGCCGAGUCAGGACGGAGGGCAAGGAGCCUUCCUCCGCCUCCCAGAGCCGGUCGGCCAGCCAGGAGCGAGGCCUGGAUGACGGUGUGCCCACCGAGGGGGAGAAGGACCGCGAGCCCAGGGGCAGCCACGCGAGCAGGGAACCCACGAUCCAGGAAGAAGAGGGAGCCCAGGACUUGAGGAGGACCAAUAGUCUGAUGGUUCCCCGAGGCUCCGGGCUGGCAGGAGCCCUUGACGAGGCUGACAUACCCCUCGUCCUGCCCGAAGCAGAGCUGGAAGUGGGGAAGGCGCUGACGGAGCAGGAGCCCGAGGGCAGCAGUGAGCAAGCGCUGCUGGGGGACGUGCAGCUGGACGUGGGCCGGGUCAUCAGCCAGAGUGAGCCCGACCUCUCCUGCGUUACUGCCAACACGGACAAGGCCGCCACCGAGAGCACCAGCGUCACUGUCGCCAUCCCUGACGUGGGCCCCCUGGUGGACUCGACCGUGGUGCACAUCAGCAGCAAGACUGAUGGUGAAGCCAGUCCCUUGAAGGAGGCGGAGACCAAAGAGGAGGAGGAAGAGGAGGGGAAGAAGCCAAAGGAGAAGCGGGAGACGGGCAAAGCCAUGGUGCCCCACAGCUCCAUGUUUAUCUUCAGCACCACCAACCCGAUCCGCAGGGCCUGCCACUACAUCGUGAACCUGCGCUACUUCGAGAUGUGCAUUCUCCUGGUGAUCGCAGCCAGCAGCAUUGCCCUGGCGGCCGAGGACCCCGUCCUGACCAACUCGGAGCGCAACAGAGUCCUGCGGUAUUUUGACUAUGUUUUCACUGGCGUGUUCACCUUUGAGAUGGUUAUAAAGAUGAUAGACCAGGGCUUGAUUCUACAGGAUGGUUCCUACUUCCGAGACCUGUGGAACAUCCUGGACUUUGUGGUGGUAGUUGGUGCGUUGGUGGCCUUUGCUUUGGCAACCAACAAGGGGCGGGACAUCAAGACCAUCAAGUCUCUGCGGGUGCUCCGGGUUCUGAGGCCACUGAAGACCAUCAAACGCCUGCCCAAGCUCAAGGCUGUCUUUGACUGUGUGGUGACCUCACUGAAGAACGUCUUCAACAUACUCAUUGUCUACAAGCUCUUCAUGUUCAUCUUUGCUGUUAUCGCUGUUCAGCUGUUCAAGGGAAAGUUCUUUUAUUGCACGGACAGUUCCAAGGACACAGAGAAGGAGUGCAUAGGCAACUAUGUGGAUCAUGAGAAAAACAAGAUGGAAGUGAAGGGUCGGGAAUGGAAGCGCCAUGAAUUCCACUACGACAACAUCAUCUGGGCCCUUCUCACGCUCUUCACCGUCUCCACGGGGGAAGGAUGGCCUCAGGUUUUGCAGCACUCUGUGGAUGUGACAGAGGAGGACCGGGGCCCGAGCCGCAGCAACCGCAUGGAGAUGUCCAUCUUUUAUGUGGUCUACUUCGUAGUCUUCCCCUUCUUCUUUGUCAACAUCUUUGUGGCUCUCAUCAUCAUCACUUUCCAGGAGCAGGGGGACAAGAUGAUGGAGGAGUGCAGCCUGGAGAAGAACGAGAGGGCCUGUAUCGACUUUGCCAUCAGUGCCAAGCCGCUCACCCGCUACAUGCCACAGAACAGGCACACCUUCCAGUAUCGCGUCUGGCACUUCGUGGUGUCCCCGUCCUUUGAGUACACCAUCAUGGCCAUGAUCGCCUUGAACACCAUCGUGCUGAUGAUGAAGUACUACUCUGCUCCGUGUACUUAUGAACUGGCCCUGAAGUACCUGAAUAUUGCCUUCACCAUGGUGUUUUCCUUGGAAUGUGUCCUGAAGAUCAUCGCAUUUGGCUUCUUGAACUAUUUCCGAGACACCUGGAAUAUCUUCGACUUCAUCACCGUGAUCGGCAGCAUCACAGAAAUCAUCUUGACAGACAGCAAGCUUGUGAACACCAGUGGCUUCAACAUGAGCUUCCUGAAGCUCUUCCGCGCCGCCCGCCUCAUCAAGCUGCUGCGUCAGGGCUACACCAUCCGUAUUCUGCUCUGGACCUUCGUUCAGUCCUUUAAGGCCCUCCCCUACGUCUGCCUUUUGAUUGCCAUGCUUUUCUUCAUCUAUGCCAUCAUUGGGAUGCAGGUAUUUGGAAACAUAAAACUAGAUGAGGAGAGUCACAUCAACCGGCACAACAACUUCCGGAGUUUCUUUGGGUCCCUCAUGCUACUGUUCAGGAGCGCCACGGGGGAGGCCUGGCAGGAGAUCAUGCUGUCGUGCCUCGGGGAGAAAGGCUGUGAGCCGGACACCACGGCGCCGUCGGGGCAGAGCGAGAGCGAGCGCUGCGGCACCGACCUGGCCUACGUGUACUUUGUCUCCUUCAUCUUCUUCUGCUCCUUCCUGAUGCUCAACCUGUUCGUGGCUGUCAUCAUGGACAACUUUGAAUACCUGACUCGGGACUCAUCCAUCCUGGGGCCUCACCACUUGGACGAAUUUGUCCGUGUCUGGGCAGAAUAUGACAGAGCUGCAUGUGGCAGGAUCCCGUAUAAGGAUAUGUACAAAUUAGUGCGGGUCAUCUCGCCGCCUUUGGGCCUGGGAGAGAACUGCCCCUACAGGGUGGCUUGCAAGAGGUUGGUCCUGAUGAAUAUGCCCGUGGCCGAGGACAUGACUGUCCACUUCACCUCCACCCUGAUGGCUCUGAUCCGGACAGCUCUGGACAUCAAGAUCGCCAAAGGUGGUGCUGACAGGCAGCAGCUAGACUCGGAGCUACAGAAAGAGACCCUGGCCAUCUGGCCUCACCUUUCCCAGAAGAUGCUAGACCUGCUUGUGCCCAUGCCCAAAGCCUCUGACCUGACUGUGGGCAAAAUCUAUGCAGCAAUGAUGAUCAUGGACUACUACAAACAGAGUAAGGUGAAGAAGCAGAGGCAGCAGCUGGAGGAACAGAAAAACGCACCCAUGUUCCAGCGCAUGGAGCCCUCGUCUCUGCCGCAGGAGAUCAUCGCCAACGCCAAAGCUCUGCCUUACCUCCAGCAGGACCCCGUGCCAGGCCUGAGUGGCCGGAGUGGAUACCCUUCGAUGAGUCCGCUCUCCCCCCAGGAAAUAUUCCAGCUGGCGUGCAUGGACCCACCCGAUGACGCACAGUACCAAGAGCAGCAGUCUCUGGUGGUAACAGACCCGAGCUCCAUGAGACGUUCAUUUUCCACGAUUCGGGAUAAGCGUUCCAAUUCCUCGUGGUUGGAGGAAUUCUCCAUGGAGCGAAGCAGUGAGAACACCUACAAGUCCCGUCGCCGGAGUUACCACUCCUCCCUGCGGCUGUCAGCCCACCGCCUGAACUCAGACUCAGGUAAGGAGGUCUUUUUCCUGUUUGCCUUUCGGGUUCCUGCCCUGAUGGGGGUAUUCUGGCAAGGACUGAACACCUCUGGAAGAGACUGA